ACCUUACUCUCCUCUCCAUCCUCCUCGCAUGGUCAAGGAGAUGGAGCAGAUCUAGGCCAGCCCUGCAUCUGCCGCCGGGUCCCCGGAAGCUGCCGCUCCUCGUCAACCUGCACCAGGUCGGCGCCCUGCCGCACCGGAGCCUGCGGGCGCUCGCUCGGCGGCACGGGCCCGUCAUUCUGCUGCGCCUGGGCUCCGUGCCGGCGGUGGUGGUGUCCUCGCCGGAGGCGGCGAGGGAGGUGAUGAGGACGCACGAAGCGCAGUGCUGCAGCCGGCCGGCCAUGCCGGGGCCGCGCCGGCUGACGUACGGGUACAAGGACGUCGCCUUCGCCCCCUACGGCGACCAUGUCCGCGAGAUGCGCAGGCUCUUCGUCCUCGAGCUGCUGAGCAUGCGCCGCGUGCAGGCUGCCUGGGAUGCCAGGGAAGCUCAGGUGGACAAGCUUGUUGAGAACCUGAGUCGUGCCGGGCCGAACCCGGUGGCGCUCAACGAGCACAUCUUCGGCGCCGUGGAUGGCAUCAUCGGCACGGUGGUGUUCGGGAAACUCUAUGGAACGGAGCACUUCAAGAUGCAGUUCCUGGACAUGCUCAGUGAAGCGAUGGACAUGCUAGGCAGCUUCUCCGCCGAGGAUUUCUUCCCCAACGCCGCUGGCCGUCUCGCCGACCGCCUGACGGGCCUCGUCGCCCGUCGUGACAGGAUAUUCAGGAGGCUCGAUGCCUUCUUCGAUGCAGUCAUCGAUCAGCACCUGAGCACCACCUGCAGCAAGCUUGAUGGCGAAAACUGCAGAUCAGACCUAGUGCAAGCGCUGAUUGAGCUAUGGAAGGGCAACGGGAGUGCGGUGCCUUUCACCCGUGACCAUGUGAAGGCUAUGCUCUUUGAUACCUUUGUCAGCGGAAUCAACACAAGCGCCGUCACCAUGGUGUGGGCGAUGUCAGAAAUGAUCCAGCACCCGGGGGUGCUGAAGAAUGUACAGGACGAGAUCAGAGCUGUGGUAGGAAGCAAACAGAGGGCUUCACGUGAUGACAUGUCAAAGCUGAAGAACCUGAAGAUGGUUGUCAAGGAGACCCUCCGGAUGGACCCUCCCUUAACUCUGCUACUGCCAAGGGAGACCAUUCAGCAGGUCAAUAUCUCAGGGUACGAUGAUCCGGCGAAUACAAGAAUUAUCGUGAACACAUGGGCGAUCAGCAGGGACCCUAACAUUUGGAAAGAUCCAGAGGAGUUCAAACCGGAGAGGUUCAUAGGGUCAAACACUGACUUCAAUGGCAAACAUUUUGAGUUCAUGCCGUUUGGCUCGGGUCGCCGGAUCUGCCCUGGCAUGGCCAUGGCUGUGACUAACAUGGAGUUCAUCUUGGCCAACCUGCUAUACUGUUUUGAGUGGGAGCUACCUGAGGGUGUGGCAAAGGAGGACAUAAGCAUGGAGGAGGCAGGGAGCCUGGCGUUCCAAAAGAAGACACCACUCAUGUUGGUGCCAAGGAGGUACCAGACUGCUAGUUGUUGAAGUAAAUGCACAUUCAACAAAGGUGAAAGUUAUGUUCGUUGUCAUUGUCUUUGUAUCUAAGGAAUUACGUAUUCCGUAUCCCUAAAUUAGUAUUGUGGAUAUUUUUCUAAAAUAUAUGUACCAUAAUAUAUAAUAUAAAAAUGAUUAAACUCUCUAAAACUA